AUGGAGGAAUUCUCACUGGAAAGAGGAUUGAGUCAGUGUGAUCCGUUAUUACCAUUCCUCUUACUUCUAGCGGGACUGGAUUAUUUGAUAGAAAUGCAGUGGAGAUAGGAUUAUUUGAGGGACUGCAGGUCUGGCAUGGUGAUUUAUGUAUUUCACAUCUUCAAUUUGUAGAUGAUACAAGAUCAUAGGAAAGCAAAGUUGGAGCAUAUGUGGGCCAUAAAAGGUAUCCUAAGAUGGUUUGAAUUGAUGUCGGGCUUGAAAAUAAAUUUCAAGAAGAGCAGUAUUCUUGGAAUGCAUUUUGAUGAGGUAUGGAUGAAGGGAGCUACAGAAUUUCUGAAAUGUAAAAGAGGUGUGGUGUCAUUUGCUUAUUUGGGUAUGCCUGUUGGAGACAAUCAAAGAAGGAGGAAGAUGUGGAUGCUGAUUGUGGAAAAUUCUCAAAAGAAUCUAUUAGGUAGGGAAAUAGGAAAAUUCAUUGGGUCUCAUGGGCAAAAGUUUGAGGAAUGCGCAGGAGGCUUGUGGUCAAGGGUGUUGAGGGAGAAGAAUUAUAUUCGUAGGGGUGGUACUAGGGUGAAUAGUUACAGUAGAAGGUUGUCAAAGGUAUGGAAGAUAUUGUUUGUACUCGGGUAUAGAGGAGAAAUCUAAGGAUGUGAUAGGAAAUGGGUUUGGCUAGAAGAUAGGGGAGGGUAAUAGAAUAAAGUUCUGGGAAGACA